AUGACCGUCGCAACCGCACUGGCAUCCACCCUGGGCCCGAGGGACAAGCUCCCGCUCCGGCGCGACUCGUCGUCGUCGGUCGACUCGGACGACUCGUCGAACGCGUCCGAGACGCCCAUCUCGUACGCGACCGACCCGAACCGCCCCAAGGGCGAGCCGACACCGCGCACGACUAAGCAGAAGGUCGACCGCCGCCCGCCGUCGACGUUCUACCUCAAGCCUCGCUCGGAGAUGACGCUCGCCGAAAAGAUCUGCAACCUCGCGACGUGCCCGACCAGCAUGCACGAGCUCAAAGACGAGUCGAUCGACCGCGGCCCCGUCCCGCGCCAACCCGUCCUCUCUGAGAACUGGUACAUCGUCAAGCACGCGCUCGUUCCGCUCGCGAUUCAUCAAGCGAGCCACUACCUGCUGCCGAACCUCAAGUGGCCCUUCUGGUUUGCCUGGCCGUUCUACAUCGCCGCCCUCAUGCAUUUCGCGCUCGGCUGGGUCGCUCGCCUCAAUCGCAUGUGCGUCGAGCUCGGAACAUUCGACGAGAAGAACAUCGGCCGCGACCGGACGCCGGACAAGUCGGUCAAGCACCUCGCCGCCGGCAUCACCGCCUACAUGAUCGUCCGCACCGGCUUCACGUUCUACCUCCACUACUCGCCGGACAUCUCGCCCCUCACCGACUUCACGUGGACCUACCCGCUGCGCCUGGCGGCGUGGCAGGUCACGCUCGACUACUUCUUCUACUGCUACCACCGGGCGUCGCACGAGGUCGACACACUCUGGUUCAUCCACAUGCACCACCACACGACCAAGCACCCGACCGCCAUCCUCGCCAUCCUCGCCGAAGAGUACCAGGAGGUCCUCGAGGUGUUCCUCAUCCCGCUCACGGCAACGCUUCUCAUCCCCAUGAGCUUCUCGGAGAUGUGGAUGACCCUAUGCUACACCCUCUACGUCGAGAUCCUUGGACACUCGGGCGUCCGCUCCUUCUUCGGCCACCCGAUCCUCACCGCCCCGCUCGAGCCCCUCGGCAUGGGCCUCAUCGUCGAGGACCACGACCUGCACCACCGCUUCGGCAAGAGCGGCCUCAACUACGGCAAGCAGAGCCGGGUCUGGGACCGCAUCUUCGGUACCUGCGGCGAGCGCAUCGAGACGUACGGCAUGUGA